AUGAGUCGCAGGGAAGCUGUUGUGGCACCGCUUACGCCUGAGAAGUAUGACUGUGCGAGUAUCCAGGAACCUGGACUUACGUAUAGUCUUCUGCUGUCAGCCCCACCUCAUGCUUCUGGAACCGUUGCUCCAAGCCAACCUAAGUCGGAGCCGGUCUUAGCCCCGGGACCGUGUUUGGAGUUGAUGCCCGAAGCAUGGCCUAAUUAUGCACUACUGCCGGGAGUUUACUCGUGGGACACUAUGCAUGCAAGAUACCAGGUCACAGACCCAUCAAUAUCAAUGUUCAACACCUCGAUGAAUAUGCAACUUGGGUUCCAUGAUGCUAUGGGAGAUUUAUGUGUCCCUGAACUCCAAGGUGAUUGGCACUUGGAAACAAGGGGAACUCUGUCGCAAGUGGGACAACUACCACUUUGCAGUUUCAAGAACGCCGUGGAAACCCUUGGUCACCUCACACCCAGAGUCCAAGCCCUCAACAAUAAGAGCCAAGAAGUUUUCGAUGACUGGGGGCCGUCUCACGGGAAAGGGGAUUUUGACCAACGUUCGCCGAUGUUGCUGCUCAAGGACGCUGUCCUCAAGCUUGUCAUGGCAUGGCUUUUUAACCCUUCUGAAGACAUAAACGAUGAAUGCAGCAUUCUCAGUUCUGUUUCGAGUACUCAGAAUGAGUUACGUAACAACCAGGUUGUCGCUGAGUUGCUAUCGUGCUCAGCCACACUUACAAAGGCUACUCAGUCACUCCAUGAGGAACUCGGAACCCGAACCAAUAGUGCUGUUUGCGACAACAUUGUGGCGCAUCAUCUAGUGGUUGUUUGCCACAUGCAUCUAUUCAGAAGCUUUGCAGCUGUACUGGGUGCCUUGCAGGAUGGCGCUGAGGUCAUCCAAGGAGACACCACGCCAGGACUUGCGGAUCUCCGGCUGGCAAUGGUAGUACAGAUCAGUUCUUACUUAUUCGUGCGACAAUGCCGCGUGGUCGACGGUUAUCUGGAACUAAAAUCGGGACCGAAUUCAAGUGCAGGGUCUCCGAACAAAGGGACUAAAGAUGGGAGGGUGGUACAACAGUUGAAGGCUCUGGUUGACAGCCGCCUCGCAUGGUUUCAGAAGCUUUGGUAUAUGUAG